CCAAGGAUAGCAUGGAUAUGAUGGCGGGAGCGACAGAAACUCUACCGUGUACCAACCGUGAGGUAACGAUCGUCAUGCCGUCAACUAUCAUGGGCGAAGGGGUCAACGAUGGAAACACAGAUGGUGCAAUGCAUGGUGGUACUACUACCACGACAACAACGGCCACCAUCGUAAUGAUGCCAUCGAAUAACGGUACCGGGAGCGUUACUACGACGGUCACUGCGACGGCAGCUAAUGGUGCCACCACACCUUCGUCCGGUACCGCAGGCCCCACGCACUUUCACUGGACGCUCCGAAACUGGGGCAAUGGUGGUGGUGGCGGUUCAGGUCAGACAGCGUCCAAUCGGCGGCGCAACACCAGCUACACGUACAGCAGUACGACGACCAGUGGUGGUGCCGGGAACAUGAACAGUGGCAGUGCGACCAACUCAGCCAACGACAGUCAGCUGGACCAAAUUCGCGUCGAUUUGGCUAGCCCGGAAGAUAUUUCGCUCGAUACUGACAGCUCGCGAGCCAUGUUCACAGCCGCUUAUGGGACGACGGUAUGAGCUGUGUCUGAAGCAGUGCAUGAAAGGGCGCGAAACAGUCUGGAUAAACGAUAAUACUUACGUUCAUAUUAACAACUCACCGUGUACACACUCAACACGUACUUUCAAUGAUAGUUUGUUUCUGCACCUUUCCUUCAUCCAGUGAUUGUUUGGGAGUGAUUGUAUGUAUUGGAAAGGAUGCUCGACAGACUAUCCAUUAGCACGAUUAGUUUCGGUUUCGGUUCCAUUCGCAGAUACACGAUCGAUUGAGCUCUUAUAUAUCUACAUAUAUAGAUUGUCUAGUCCAAUUCGUUUUACGUUGUAUUACGACGUCCUGUUGGGUAGUGAUAGGUGAUCGUUUCGUUUAAUCCAUUAUUACUUUUUUUUUACAUAAUUUUACGAUGUUUCCCAAAAGAGUAUCCCACAGCAAGCAGCUGUUGUCUUCGCGCAAAUUAAAGCCUUUUAACCUUCAUGUUGUCAAAACCGGGAUGUAGUAAGAUAACGCGAGUUAGUCCCGUAGUAAUCUUAAACUUAACCGAAACAUCUCCUGCAGCAUUUAGCCAUUGAAUUGAUGCGGUGAUUACGGAACGAGAUGCGCAGAAUAUGUGAUGCAGUUAGACUGCUAUCAAAACGGUGCGGUUAUCCAAAAUUCCCGCGAUACGCCCUGUUUUUUGAAAUCAUCCUGUAUACAGGUUGCGCAGCCAUGCUGACGGGGUCGUUAUAUGGGGAAGAAGAGUAAGGCUACAAGAUAUGCUACGUUUCGUGAGUUUUCGGUUCGCUCUCUUCUAGUAUAUAUGUAGGCAGUCUCUCUAUCACUUUAUCGCACACCGUUCUAGAGCGAUGCGUACAUACCAAUUUAACAUAUUAACUACUUACGUAGCGUGUCAGCUGACGGUAGCGUGUAUAACUAGAAUACGGAUAUAAGAGUAGAGUUUUUCUAUAUAUUCAUUCAGAACUCUGAAUCAAGCGGUACCAAAAUAAUAAUAUUGCGAACGUAUCUUCCUCCGCCUCAGGCUGUCGGACGGAGGAGAGAGAAGUAUAGUUAGUUAAGCGAAGCUCACAUCGACAGCUAGCGACGUACGUAGGCUGCAACAUUCUUAACAUGUUCUGCAUUAUUCUCAUUCUUACGGCCCACGUCAAUCACCUAAGUUUGCUCUCUACCGGACAUCUUCCGUUUUAAAGAACGUGCCACCCAAUAACGUCUGCUGUAUAGAACACCGCAGAAUGUGGUACAGUCCCCACGCAGUGUUGUACAGGGCAAACGUGUUAUAAUUAGCAAGCAACCACUCGUAGCACAAUGACGGAUAUAUCUGGUCAACGUCAACCUGGUCCAAAAUGUCUUUUAUUCGCAAAUCCUUUCUAUAACGAACUAAUGUACGUUGUCGUAAACAAGCUAGCGGACGGUAGCACAGUACAAAUUUUUACUCAGCUCUCCAUUUCGUUAAAAAUUACCUUGUUAUUGUACUCUCUUUUACAUCUCCAUGAUAUUGUCUCUAUCUAUUCCUAAGUUUACUAUUCCACAUUUUGUGAUAUUUUAUCAACUCCCAGAUUCACUGGCCUCGGAAUGGCCUUUCGGAUACACUCGAGCUAUUCCUUUAAGGGCAGUUUUCCGUUUUUCAAAUACACAUUAUUUUCCAAUCAUUGCUUUUCGAUCGGUCUCGUUUCCCAUCAUCCGGUUAACGUUUCCCCCUCGUUCACCCUGCAUAUGACACACCGUUGCUACAUAUUCCUGUCGAUUUUUCAGUCAUUAACGAUCCAUCAAACCAAAGAAACAAACGGCAACUGCGAUGCUCAGUGACUCUCUAUUUUUCAUGCAGCUACAGCUCUACACGCAACCCACGUAUAGUAGGAACAAUUAAUUAAGGAAGCCCAAUUUGAUGAUAUUUGAAAUAGGUGCGCUGUGCAUAGGAGGAUAUGCUAAAAAUGGUUACCGCAUGCAGAAAUAGAGUACCCCGUUGUCAUUAUGAGAUACAUUUGUAAGCGAUAAACUAUUAAGUGUCCUCUAAUGAAACCCAUUUUGAUUUUAUUUCACUUCUUA